AGCCCGGAUCUGGCCGUUGCAGAAGAUCUCGCCACGGAGACCGGCGACGGCAUCCUGGAUUCUCUCCCUGCGAAAGCAAAAUCGAGUUCGCCACCAUCCUCUUGCGUAACGACACCGUCUCCGGCCUUCUCUCUCAAAGAAUCCCCAAUUCUCAUAUCGCUACUCCAGAUAAAUCUCACUGAAAAAUUCGAAAGCGAAUUCCCAAGGAACACCCGCGAUUCUGGCGAGUCAGAUUUUGGUGUAGCUGUUGUUGAAGUAGGUCUACAACUUUUUGCAGUCAGUGCCUGGCUCUCUUCAAAGGGACAACUUGCUAUGGGUUGUAGAGUUUGGAAGGAGGGAGAGAUUUUUCAAGAGUGGACAGACGCCUUAAUGUUCAAUGGUGACCUAUCAGCAGCUAAGUUAUGGACCAUGAGAUGGGGACUGCUGAAAAUUCUCAAACUUGGUUGGUCCCAAGUUCAUUGCAUAACUCCUGAUGAAGCUAUGGUCUCACUACUAACAGUGCAACCAAGGAAAAAGCUAUUAGGAUCUACUGUUCUAGAGGAUAUCCAAUACUUAAUGUUCACUUUUGAUUCUAUUUCUUUCUCUUUUAAUAAGCAUAAGAUGAAUGAAGUUUGUACUAUGGCCAAAAUGGCCUUGCAGGAACAU